GUGAGAGACGCCUUCCGCGUUUUUUAUCAGCCACUGAUAUCUCCUUCGGUUGUAUCGUUGCCGGGACGCCAUUACGAACAACGCUAGAAUCGGUGUUCCUUGAUUGGUGGACGUUUGGUGGCGGUGGGGAUGAGACCGUGCCGUAGGCGGACACGUCGUUUCGGUUCGGUCGCACCCUUCGUAAUCAUAGAGCAGCAGACAGUCGUCGGUUCGGUGUCUAGUGUCAGUGUCUCUCCGAAAAGUUGGUCGUUAACGCGAACGUUAUAGUUGUCCCGUGAUGGGAGACCCGACGGUCCGUUGAACUCAGUCGACGUCACGUCGUCGUGCAGAUCGCUCCGUUUCCGCCAGUGAUCGGUGUCGUCCUGUGAUCUUGAACGUUCCGUGAUUAAUUUUAUUAGCAAUCAGUUACGUGCGACGGGUGCACGGAAUCAGCCCGGCCCCAUGACGGACAUCAGCAGCAUCGGUAUGGUCUCGUAUUACAACCCCCUGGCGAUGUACCGCCAGCAGCAGCCGGCUGGACAACAACAGUUGGUCCAGCAGGUCCAGCAACACGGUCAGACGCAACAGGCGCAACAACACACGGCGAUCACGUCCACCGACGGUGGACAGCAAUAUUGGUACGGGUACCCGCACGGGCACACGCACCCUGCCCACCAUCAAGCCCCUCAACAGUAUCUGGACCACGCGGAGAUGCUCUCCAAUUGGUCGCAUCCUCACACGCAUCACUACACCCACAUACAGUACCAACAUCAGUACCAGCAACAACCGCAGAUGACCACGGUGACAGACUGGAGCGGAGACGAGACCAGCCCCAACGUGGGCGCUGGAGAACCUAGCCCGCCCAUCACCGUCAGCGGGAGCGAGAUCAGCAAUCCUGGAACACCAUCCACUCCGCCGGCUAAUAAUAAUAAUAAUUCGACCACUAAUAAUAAUAAUACUAGCCAUAAUAAUAAUAAUACGACGCCUAUGAGACCGGGACAGAUCAGAAGCCCUUAUGAGUGGAUGAAGAAGACGUCGUAUCAGAGUCAACCAAAUCCAGGAAAGACACGAACAAAAGACAAAUACAGAGUGGUUUAUACGGAUCACCAGCGGUUGGAGCUCGAGAAAGAGUUCCAUUUCAGCCGUUACAUCACGAUUCGCCGUAAGGCUGAACUUGCCGCGAAUUUAGCGCUCUCUGAACGACAGGUAAAGAUAUGGUUCCAAAACCGGCGGGCGAAAGAACGAAAGCAAGGCAAGAAGCGAGAGGAGUUAGACCAGAAAAGUCCGAAAUCGAUGGAAGGAGUACCUAGCGGAGCAAUGGCCAGCCUGUCCCUCGGCGGAAUGGGAGGAAUGUUGGGUGGUCUGAUGCAGAAUGGAGGCUCGCCACCAUUGGGACUCGGACACUCGUCCCAUCACACCUUGACUUUGAGCCCGCCAUCUGGACCUCUGCAUUCGCACUCUCAUCAGCACGCUCAUCCUCACACGGUGUUAGGCUUGUGACCUGAAGAACCCGAGAUCGCUGAAACUUGGUCCCGUCAUGGCUGACCUAGCAGCACCUUCACACCGUCAGACUUUGCGACGGAUUCGUAGUCGCGCGUGAUUUUUCUGGACGAUUUUCGAGACAGAUAAUCGACCUCGAUAACCGAUGGGAGGACUACGAUCGCGUUGUGACCCCUGUGGUCUUCGUUCUGUUGGGUCUGUUAGCACUUUUCGUUACCCUCGUGAAACGCGCUCGGGAGGAAUUUCAGUGAACACCGACGGGGAUCCAAGAUGGCGACGCUCGUGUCGAUCGCGAUACAAUUCUUCUUAUAUGCUCAGUAUUAUUUUCAAUUUUGCUAGAACGAAGUUCUGACCACGAUUUUUACCUAGGGAUUUAUUUUAACGAGCCGCGAUCAACGCUUCGUGGAGGAUUCAGAAAUUGCCACUCAUUGUCAAGACAAAUUCACGAACCGCCGACUGACGAUCGGAUCUCCGACAUUUAUACGAAACGUAUGGAAACGUGCAAUCUUUGCCUUAGAAACCGCCAACCGCUGUACUUGUAUCCAGUGGUACCGUCGCGUUAAGUUAGAUUUUAAACGAGAAAUUUAUGAUACGCACGGGGAUGCGAUUCGAAUGAAUUUCAACAAAUUAAAUAAUAAAUGGGUUCGUUCGCUUCUGCAGACUCGCAAGAUACGCUCAGAAAAAUAUAUAGGAUACAUCGUUUGCUCAGGGAUCUGAAGAUCCCACAGUUUCUGAGAGUGUAACAGAAUCUUGCGAGUUACGAUGGCAUUUAUUAUUGUUGCUGUUAAAUUCGCUCGAAUUGCCCGAAGAUGUCGAGGCUUUUCUGGGGAGGGGAUCUGAAGAAUUUAAAGAACGUAUCGAGAGUACGUAGAAGAAAACAAGAUGGAGAGCGAAACCGGGGUCCCCAUACCCACGCGCAAGGACCGAGAACCCCGAGGAUCCAAGUAUACGUACGAGAGAAACGAAAGUAAAAUUGUAAAACGGCGUAUUCUGUAUCGAAAUGUCCGCGAACGAGAUGCAAUAAACGUGUACGCGGUAUGUUUUUACAAAAUACUUGUUAAACUCUUUUCGAAACCGUACGUAAACGUAUGCCUCGAGAGAAGUCGCGUUGUUAUGCAAUUUUUAAUCGUGCCGAUUUUAAUCUUCGACUUUUAUUACCUUCUCGGUAAAACGAGUUUUAUUUGGCUUUACUGCUACGCGUACGAAUUGUAGAUUCUUAGAUCGAAUUUUAAUGACAAUAAAAGAUAAAAACACGAAAAAUAUAGAGGCUGUUUUCGAGAAGGAAAUGAAACUGUAAGAGAGAGCCGUGUGCCUUGAGCCAACCCCCUCAACACGCGAUCACGAUUUCAAUGUAAAACGCGAGCGUGUGUGUGCGUGCGUUGUUGUUGUAUGUAUGUAUGUAUGUAAGAAUGGUUUUAACGUAACAUUAAAAAUCUCACGUGAAUUAUGUGUACAUAGUUAAAUAUAAUAAAAUAUCUUAAUUCGUAAGUUAUUAUAUUAAUUAAGGUUAGUAAUAUUAGGCUUUACGAUCGUGUAAGAUUCAUUAGUAUUUACGUUUUCAUCGGUUUAUGUAUGGUUUCUUGUUGCGAGAGUUUAACAAGUGUUUUAAGGGAACAUACGA